CUUGUGGAGACCUCGUGGUACAAACGCUCCAUUGCACCUCCACCGCCAUCCGACGGCCCAGAUUCCCCGUUGUGGGACCCUGUGAGGGUAUAUUAUCAUUACCCAGGCCUAGCUCGCGGCCUCGAUUUCUAAUUCUAUCCACAAACCAUUAAGCUCCGCCGUAGCUUGGAGAGACCAGAUGGCCUCUUUGACGAUAGCAUUUCCGCCGGCGAUGACAGGGAGAGUGUACGCGGCGACGGCGGCCAAGAGCUCCGGCGGAACCGGGGAGGAGAAGAGCCUGCUGGACUGGAUCCUGGGGGGCCUGCAGAAGGAAGACCAGCUCCUGGAGACGGACCCCAUCCUCAAGAAGGUGGAGGAGAAGAACGCCGGCGGCGACGGAGGCCGGAAGAACUCCGUGGCGGUUGCGCCCAAAAAGAAGAACGGCGGUGGAUUCGGAGGCCUUUUCGCCAAGAAAUGAUCAUAGGACCCCCAAAUGCAAAAAUUAAGUUACUCAAUUAUUUCUCUCUCGAUCUGUCUCUGCGUCUGCUUUGCAUUUAAAUAUUUAAUUUGAGUAUUUGAUGCUGAUUUUUCGCUGCUGCUGAUUAAUUACGUUGUAUUUUGUUUCUUCUUCUUCAUUGCCCAAUGCUUAAUUCGUUAUGCUCUGUGUUCGAAAUUUCGAAUUCAAUCUGAACUCACUGGCCGUGGGAUUACAGUG